GAGCUGAACUGGAGGGAGAGGAAAACCUUGGAGAUCCCGUCCAGGCACCGGCAGCAGCAGGAGAGGGAAUCUGGCCCCAACUGUCCCUCAGGUAGUUUUGCAGAGAAGACUUAUGAGUGGAGCUCAGAAGAGGAGGAGUCCGUGAGGAAAGCAGGACCAGUGCAAGUCCUCAUUGUCAAAGAUGACCAUUCCUUUGAACUGGAUGAAGCUGCAUUGAACCGCAUUCUCCUCUCGGAAGCUGUCAGAGAUAAAGAGGUCGUGGCUGUGUCCGUUGCUGGAGCUUUUAGAAAAGGAAAAUCAUUCCUGAUGGACUUCAUGCUGCGGUACAUGUACAAUAAGGAAGCAGUGGACUGGGUUGGAGAUUACAAUGAGCCUCUGACUGGUUUCUCCUGGAGGGGAGGCUCUGAGCGGGAGACGACCGGCAUUCAGAUAUGGAGCGAGGUUUUCCUGGUGGACAAGCCUGAUGGUAAAAAGGUUGCAGUGUUGCUGAUGGACACGCAGGGGACCUUUGACAGCCAGUCCACCCUGCGGGAUUCGGCCACCGUGUUUGCCCUUAGCACAAUGAUCAGCUCGAUACAGGUUUAUAACUUGUCCCAGAAUGUGCAGGAGGAUGAUCUGCAGCACUUGCAGCUUUUCACUGAGUACGGCCGGCUGGCCAUGGAGGAGACGUUCCUGAAACCUUUCCAGUCCCUUAUAUUCCUUGUUCGUGACUGGAGCUUCCCGUAUGAAUUUUCCUACGGAUCUGAUGGUGGCGCAAGGUUUCUGGAGAAGCGGCUGAAGGUCUCGGGAAAUCAGCAUGAAGAGCUGCAGAACGUCAGAAAGCACAUCCAUUCCGGCUUCACCAAAAUCUCCUGCUUCCUCUUACCUCACCCGGGCCUGAAAGUCGCCACCAACCCUAAUUUCGAUGGAAAACUAAAAGAAAUAGACGAUGAGUUCAUCAAGAACUUGAAGAUUUUGAUUCCUUGGCUUCUUAGUCCCGAGAGCCUGGACGUUAAGGAGAUCAAUGGAAACCAUAUCACCUGUCGAGGCCUUGUGGAGUAUUUUAAGGCGUACAUAAAGAUCUACCAAGGGGAAGAGUUGCCACACCCAAAGUCAAUGCUGCAGGCCACAGCAGAAGCCAACAAUUUAGCAGCAGUUGCCACUGCCAAAGACACCUACAGCAGGAGAAUGGAAGAGGUCUGCGGUGGGGACAAGCCCUUCCUUGCACCUAGUGACCUCCAGACCAAACACAUGGAGCUGAAGGAGGAGGCUGUGAAGCUGUUUCGCGGGGUGAAGAAGAUGGGUGGGGAGGAGUUCAGCCGUCGGUACCUCCAGCAGCUGGAGAACGAGAUAGAUGAGCUCUACAUCCAGUACAUCAAGCACAACGACAGCAAGAACAUCUUUCACGCCGCCCGCACCCCCGCCACGCUCUUUGUGGUCAUCUUCAUCACCUACGUGAUAGCUGGAGUGACCGGCUUCAUUGGCUUGGACAUCAUAGCCAGUCUGUGCAACAUGAUCAUGGGCUUGACACUUAUCACACUGUGUACCUGGGCAUAUAUCAGAUACUCUGGGGAGUACAGAGAACUGGGCGCAGUAAUAGACCAAGUGGCUGCAGCGUUAUGGGACCAGGGAAGCACGAAUGAGGCUUUGUACAAACUGUACAGCGCUGCAGCCACUCACAGACAUUUGUACCACCACGCCUUCCCUGCACAGAAAGCGGAGCCCGCCGAGGGCUCGGAGAGGAAGAAGGUUUAA